GAGAGCAACGGGGAUUCAGCGCCCGCGGCAAUGGAGACUUAUCAGCAGCAGCAGUGCUAGCGGGAUGGCCUGGGGCGUCAGGAGCAGUGCAAGCAGGCAUGGCAGCAGCGGCUGUAGCGGCUGUAGCAGGGAGGAACGGGGCAGCAGCGGAUGCAGGGCGGACGUCCAGUGUGGGAGCAGCACAGACGGCAGAGUCAGGGCAUGACGACAGGUCCUCUCUGGGCAAUCGUAACAGUGGGCGCGGGAGAGAGGCGAGCCAGGGGAGAGGGGGAGGAGUGGGGGGGAGAGGAUUGGGGGGAAGUGCGGGUGUGGGGGCGGGGGCAGGAGUGCGUGGAGGGAGUGGGGCGAACUGGUUCGGGGAUCGGGGAGGGGAGGACAAUCCGAUCGCUUUGAGUGAUAGUGAGGGGGAGGAGGACGUUCCAGCAACGAAUGCUGCUGUGGGAAGGGCAGUACCCAGUAGCUCUGGUCAACCCCAGCAGCACAAGGGGCAGCACGGACAGCAGGAUCGGGGGCAGCAGCAGCAGGGGCAACGAGCAGAUGUGAACACAUUGCUGGAUGUGUGGAGGGAUGACCGGAGGGCCGAGCCAACGAGCACAUUCGACCGCUCCUAUGGUGCAGUUGAGAGAGCAGACACGUAUGGCGCUGCUGCUGCUGUUGCUGCUGGCGCUGGUGCUGGUGGUGCUGAUGCUGGUGCUGGUGGUGCUGGUGGGGUUUCGAGAGGCAACACCCCCACUCUUGACUUUAUCACGGAUUUUCUCCUGGAGGGCGAUGGUGCCGGGGCAGGAGGAGGAGGAGGUGUAGGAAGGGGAGGAGGAGGAGGGGGUGGAGCGGAGGAGAGAGGAAGGGGAUUCGGGAGUGAAGAAGCAGAAGCAGCAGCAGCAGCAGCACGGGGAGGGAGAGAUGGUGAGGGGGCGGAGGGCGCAAGAGGCAGGGCAGAGAGUGGUGCGUUUCAGCUGAACCUGGGUCUGGCGUCAGAAGGGGUGGGGGAGGGGCGCACUGGGGGGGCAUCUGCUGCCCAAGCAGAAAUGGCAGCGGGAGGAAGAGGAGGAGGGGGAGGGGGGAGGGGAGGGGAAGGGGGAGGGGUGAGUAUCGACUUUGCCUCGCCUCCCCCACCAGACGUCCAAUGGGUUAUUCCCUCCAUAUCUGCUGCUGCUACUGCUCAUUUGGUCAGGGGAAGGGCCGCAGCUGGAGCAGCAGCAGGAGCAGCAAGGCCGAGUGGGUCCCAUCACAAGCAUCACUCCCAUUCUCGGCCGUCUGCCCUCGCGCCUGCCUCUCUAAGAGCAGCUUCGUUACAGUCCCCUCCCUCCAGUGCCCAAACGCCAUCACGGCUUCAAUCGCCCUCAGGCCUGCAGUCUCCCUCGGCUGUUCAGUCAUCCUCACAGCUUCAGUCCCCCACUCGCUUCCGCUCUCCCCCUCUCACAAGCCAGCAGCAGCAGCAGCAGCAGCAGCAGCAGCAGCAGCAGCAGCAGCAGCAGCAGCAGCAGCAGCAGCAACAGCAACAGCAACAGCAACAGCAGCAAGAGCAACAGCAGCUAGAGCAACAGCAGGUACAGCAACAGCAACAGGGAGCAUCAAAUCCGUUCGCUCGUUUCUACACAAGUGCAUCCCAGCCGACCGUUUCUGAUCCUAGAGGCCCAAUAGGGAGCUACAGUGGAUAUCAGCAGCAGCAGCAGCAGCAGCAGCAGCAGCAGCAGCAGCAGCAGCAGCAGCAGCCUCAGCAGUACAGCCAUGUGGAUUACCAGCAGCAAGUUCCCCCUCAGCCAGACUACCACCAACACCAAACCUAUGCCUACGGUAAUGAUUACUAUAACCAACCGUACCCAACGCAUCAGACCCAGUACAGCACGCUUCAUCAUUAUCAGGCGCCAGCUCAGCUGUAUAACUACGGGCAGGAACAGGAGGGAGUGCUGCCAGUGCCGCCCAUGCCGUAUGUUACACCUGAUUCCACUGUAGCACAGCCUGGAGGGAUGAACCAGUGGGACUCAUACGCACCACAUUAA